AUGCAGACUGAUAAGACGGCCGUGGCCAACCAACCGGACAUCGUGAUCAUGGAUAAGCAGCAGACGACAGCCGCUAUGAUCGAUGUAGCCAUCCCCGAUGAUGACAAUAUCAUUAAAAAGGAACACGAGAAACUAGAGAAAUACCAAGGGCUCAAGGAAGGUGAAAGUGACAGUAGUGCCAGAGGUCACAGGAGCAACAGGGGCUGUGCCCCCCACACUGGAGAAGUGGCUCCAGCAGCAAAGCCAUGGAUGACUGACACCAAAACCCAGAUGAGGAAGAGAAUAAACAAAAGCUGGAGUUUGCUGCCACCCACUGAGGCCGAUAUUUCAAGCGUGCACUCCACACAUUCAGAGGUCGUCAAAUCCGGAAGCCCCAAAUCUUCUCUCAAACAUGUACGGACAGAAAGCAGUAAGGACAUGUCCAUAAGUAGGCUGUUGUUACAGACUCUGCACGUCAAGGAGAACAACACGGCGCUGGAUCUUCGUUACGAUACCCCGGAGCCCUAUUCGGAGCAAGAUCUGUGGGAAUGGUUGAGGAACUCCACGGAGCUACAGGAGUCACGGCCUCGGGCUAAAAGGCGGCCCAUGGUCAAAACCGGGAAGUUUAAAAAGAUGUUCGGCUGGGGGGACUUCCACUCCAAUAUAAAGACGGUCAAACUCAACCUGCUGAUCACCGGCAAGAUCGUCGAUCACGGCAACGGCACGUUCAGCGUCUAUUUUCGCCACAACUCUACGGGCCAGGGCAACGUAUCGGUCAGUUUGGUCCCUCCGACGAAGAUCGUGGAGUUCGACGUCAUGGCGCAGCAGUCGGUCAUCGACGCCAAAGACUCCAAGUCCUUCAAUUGCCGUAUCGAGUACGAGAAGGUGGAGAAGGGUGCCAAAAACACACUUUGCAAUUUCGACCCGUCCAAGACGUGUUACCAGGAACAAACGCAGAGUCACGUUUCCUGGCUUUGCUCCAAACCUUUUAAAGUCAUCUGCAUCUUCAUUUCCUUCUAUAGCACUGACUACAAAUUGGUGCAGAAAGUUUGUCCGGACUACAACUACCAUAGUGACACUCCUUAUUUCCCAUCUGGCUGA